AUGCGCGCAUAUUAUUAUGAUAACAACGGAGACAUAGAUCCUCGUGAGCCGCACGAACAAGCUCCCCUGACACUGGUAACUCCUGAAGACCUUGAAAACCUUGGAGUUCUUUACUGGCAGUUGAGUGACAACUACCCUAGUGAAAUAGACGAUAUAUGUAUUAAAAGGAGCUAUAAAAAUCGGGAUGAGCUUACUUGUUCAAGAGAAGGUCUAGGAGACGCUUACGAGAGUAAACUUAAAACAUUUUUUGAAGAGUAUGAUGAUUGCUAUAUUUUUGUUUUAUUGAAAAACUUUCACCGGUUUGCUUACGUGUAUCAAAAAAUAUACAGGCAUCUUCAUGAAGAUGAAGAAAUUCGUUUUGUUGUUGAUGGUAGUGGAUACUUUGACGUUCGCGAUCGUGCGGAUCGUUGGAUUCGCUUGGCUGUCAGUAAAGGCGAUUUAAUCGUUUUGGUGAGAAUUGCUUAUGGCAUAUAUUAG